GGAAGUGUGAGUAUUUGAAAGUUGCCCGGCAGCUCAGUUCAUCGCUUUUCGUGCGUCUUAUUUGAAGAAUACGUUUUGCAAAUUGGAGAACGAUGGAAGAAGACGAGCACACAGAUAGGAAGAGAAUGUUAGCUAUGCUCCACCAAAGGCUUCAUAAAAUCAAGAAGUCUCUUAAAGAAGAUGACACCAAUGACUUAAACCAAAUAAUCGGCUCUAAUUCUCCUGAAUCGUGUCGUUCCUAUUUGAUGGACCUGGAGAAAAGAAGAGAUCCUGUUGUGGAUCAUAAACACCUCGCGAGAGUUAUUGACCACUAUACCAGAGUAUUCUCCAACAUGCCACUCGGAAAGCACUGUGAAAAUGAGAGCUAUGCAAGGAUGCUUGUUAGAUUUGCAGAGCUGAAGGCAAUUCAAGAUGUUGAUGAAGCUGAAUCUAACUUCAAUGUCGCAACAUCUCACUGCCAGAACUUUGCUUUUGUUCAUAUUGCACAUGCGCAGUUUGAACAUUCCCAAGGUAACACAAAGAAAGGUUUGAGCAUACUUCUUAAUGCAGUUGAACUUGGUGCUGAACCAAAGGACUUGCUGGAAGGUGCCUUGAAUAAAAUGCGAGUUUUCAACUUGGAGAAUAAGGAAAAUUUCUCAGUGAUGAAUGAAUCUGUCAAAAACGCUGACGGAGGCCAGAAAGUACUGAGAACUUCGGAUUCCAGUGGUGAUUCGCAUGUCUCCGGCUUUUAUAGCUCAGGGUUGGAAUCCAUUUUCGGAUCAACUGAUGAAGAGCCGUCAUCAAGCUGGAAAUCUGCAUCGCAGCGAAAAAAGACUGUUGGUUUGCCUGGGAGAGUCCCUGUGGUCCCAUUCUCUAUCCCCGAAAAUGACGACGAUGAAGAUGAUGAGUCUCUUCCACAGAUGCCGUCAAACAACGUUGAAGCUUCUGACCCCUCAAGUUUGCCAAGGCAAAGAUCUGGUUUAAAUAUGAGCAAUGUGUUUCCGACCUCGUCGAAAAAGCCUGCAAUUGACAAAGAUUCUGGUGUUUCUCUGCUACAAAGCUCAAGUUCAGAAUCGACUGAUGACCAGUACCCAGUCGAGUCUACUACCAAACUUCUUCAUUCACACUGGACUAAAGACACCUCAGUGAGAAUGGAAGAUCUGACCUUCCGUUUCGACCAGGUUGUCAAUGCUAAAUCCCCGGAGUCAUGCUGGGCAUCCCUACUGGAGAUAGAAAAAAGAGGGAACCCUCACACAGACGGAAACCUCCUGAAUAAGCUGAAGGAUUGCUAUGCUAAGGUUUUCUCUCAUCUGCCGAUGAUACAGUUCAGCAAAAACCUCAGUUAUGCCAAAAUCAUGGUCAGAUAUGCAGAACUGAAGGGCAUUGAGGACCCAGAAGAAGCAAAAGACAACUUUAUUAUUGCGAGGACAAAUUGCAAAGGAUUUGCGUUUGUCCACGUCGCACACGCUCAGUUUGAGGCUACUCACGGCAAUGUGACGAAAGCUAAUUCCAUUCUGCUCAAAGCCCAGUCACUGAAUGCUAAACCGGCUGAACUGUUGGAGAUGGCCUUGCAUAACCUUAAAAUUGGAGAGGCACUGCUUUUACCCUCCAAAGAAAAUCCAACCACUGAACUUCAAGCUCGACCAAAAUCACGUGCCUCGAAUCUGGACGGGCAGCUCUCCUGUCGGGCCCCUCUGAGACAACUACUGGAACAGCCGCCCAAACCUGUCAGUGGGGAACCUCUGUCGGAGUGGAAAGUUCCAGCUGUUGUCAAGCAUGUUUCGCCUGAGGUAACACUCCCAAAGCCCCAUGAGUCCAGACCUCCGCCUCGUGUCCUGGAGCCUCUUACAACUCCAUCCCAAUGCCGUCCAUCGAGACCAAACCCAAACCCCAUUUACCAAACCCCAAACAGCUACGGAAACCCUUAUGGAAACAGUUCUAUCACUCCGGUUGUCAAGGUAGAUCCAGCUGCCACCUCCUCUGCCAUUGCAGCUCAUCGUGCAGGCAGCGUUCAACAACCGGUCCCACCGCUCCAGGAUUUCUUCAGCACGUUGUCCAACGACACCAUCACCAUUAAUGGCAAGCAGUUCUUCAUCCUCAAGUUGAUUGGACGAGGUGGAUCCAGCAAGGUCUACCAGGUUCUGGACCUUCAUAAACGCCUGUUUGUUGUUAAAUGCGUGGACCUCGAGGAGGCAGACGCACAGGCAAUAGAAAGCUACAAAAAUGAGAUUGAACAUCUGAACCAUCUGCAGCAGUACAGUGAUCAAAUUAUCAAGCUUUAUGACUAUGAAAUAACAGACAGCUACAUUUACAUGCUAAUGGAAUGUGGAAACCUGGAUCUCAAUACUGUGUUGCGGAAAAAAAAGACUGUCAACCCUUUGGAGAGGAAGAUAUACUGGAGAAACAUGCUCGAAGCUGUCCAGACCAUCCACAAACACGGAAUCGUCCACAGCGAUCUGAAGCCCGCUAAUUUCGUCAUAGUGAAUACUUCGCUGAAGCUCAUUGAUUUUGGGAUUGCAAAUCGAAUCCAGCCGGAUGUGACAAGUAUUAUUAAGGACUCACAAGUAGGAACCCUGAACUACAUGCCCCCUGAAGCCAUCAAAGACACUUCAUCACGAUCAGGGAAAGCGGUUUCAAAGAUUAGCCCUAAAGGUGACGUGUGGUCCCUUGGAUGCAUCCUAUACUACAUGACUUAUGGAAAGACUCCGUUCCAGAGCAUCACCAAUCAGAUCACCAAGCUCCACGCCAUUCUUGAUCCAUCUCAUAUUAUAGAUUUUCCUGACAUCCCUGACAAAGAUUUGCUUGAUGUGCUGAAGAGAUGCCUGGUACGAAACCCUAGAGAAAGAGUCUCGAUUGCUGAGCUACUUGAGCAUCCAUACCUACACCUAAAGCCCCCAGGAUCACCUGUGCCAGAGCCAACGUGCAACAGGGACCUUCAGAGAAUCUUGGUUGACCUCGCCGCCCUUCAGUCUCCCAACAGCAUCGUCAGAGCUGCUAAUAAUCUGGCGAAAAUGUGCAGCAGCGGCAGGAGAUUGGACGUGGCCGAGUGUGCAAAGUCGACUCAACUGUGAUUUAAAAGUUGAAAUGUAUUUUUUUUUUUUUCUCAUUGAUGCCUUUCAAUGAGUCGUGUUUACAGCAUUCCUUGUUUUCUUCAAAUAUCAGCUUUGGAUUUGUUUUUUAUUUUUGAUUUGAAGUUAAUACUUCCACAUUUUACUUCAUAAAAGACUUCUGAAUAAACAUACUGAUUUGCAGAUGGCAGUAGUUAGCAAAAUCUAUAUGAUGUACUUAAUUUGGAGAGUUGUAUUUUUGCUCCACUGUUUUCUCAUUGUUUAUGAGCCGAUACAGUGCUAUCAUAAACCAGUUUGCAUUUUCCUUAUGCUUUAUAUUAUGCACAUAGACAUAAACUGUUCGCAGUCUGAUGAUAAAAUGUAAUCUUGUGAUAUUGCAUAGUGAACUGGACUUAUCCAUUUGCCACAUUUAGGGGCAGUCUGCACUCUCCGGUUGUGACAUCACAGUAUGACACCUUUAUCAGUGAAAAUAAGAUGCCGUGAAGUACUUCAAUAGCAGCUUUUGAAAGAUGAGACUGUCCAUAUGCAUUUUUUGGAACGAGACCAGUGUAUAUAGAUGUACGAUG